AUUCACCCUGUGCCUCAUUUUCUCUUCUCUAUUUUUCCAUAAAGGGCCAAGCAGGCAUAGCUGGAAUUGCAGGACCUGGAGGAGCAAGAGGAGCACAGGGUGAAAUUGGAGUCCGGGGGCUUCCUGGAUUGGAUGGUCCUGAAGGAAUGAAGGGAAAGCCAGGACCUCAUGGUGCAAUUGGACCCAGUGGUGCUACCGGACUGGCGGGCUUCCCAGGAGACGAUGGGAGGAAGGGAGAUCAGGGCAAGCCAGGUCCUUCUGGUGCAGCAGGCCCUGUGGGUACCAAGGGUGUUCAAGGUCUCCAGGGUUUUGAUGGCCGGGAAGGAUCGAAAGGAGAUAUAGGUGGGAAAGGAGAGCCUGGCCAAAAGGGUGAUUGUGGUCCCCCUGGUAAAACUGGAGCAGCAGGGCUAGUUGGUCUUGAUGGGCCCCCAGGCAAGAAAGGAGAUCUGGGACAGGAAGGGGCAUCAGGCCAACAGGGGCCUCUAGGUCUACCAGGUCUGGCUGGUCAGAAAGGCCGUAAAGGAGAAAAGGGGCAGCGUGGAUAUGAUGGGCAUCCCGGAUUCCCUGGCAAUCCAGGCAGAAAGGGCAAGCGUGGUAAAGCUGGACCCAGACCCCCAAGAGGCUCCAGAGGCCCCAAGGGCUCUCAAGGUGAACAUGGUCUCCGUGGUCCCCGGGGACCCCAAGGCCCUUAUGGUGUUCCUGGGCUCAGGGGGGGCAAGGGAGUCAAGGGGCCCAAAGGAGAAAAGGGCAUCAAAGGCAUGAUGGGCUACCUUGGUCCCCCGGGGGAUAAUGGUUUUAAGGGUAAGCGAGGACCCGUGGGCGUUCCUGGGAGGCCAGGACCAAAAGGGGAGCAGGGUGUUGUUGGCCCACGUGGUACAUGGGGAUCUGCUGGACACCCUGGCAUUCCAGGCACAUUUGGACAAAAAGGCCUCAAAGGCUUGGAAGGUGACACAGGACCAAAAGGCCUACCAGGUCUGCCUGGCAUGCCUGGUGUCCCUGGACCCCCUGGUGCUUCACUGAACAUCUCCAGGGAAGACUUGAAGCAUUUGAUUUAUUCAGCAAGCAAGUUGAACUAUGACUAUGUGUGGAGCCUCAUGGACAGCUUGGGACGAGAACUGAAGCUCCUGGUAGAUCCUCCAAAUGGGACCAGAGACUACCCAGCUGCCACUUGCAAAGAACUUCUGCUGGCACAACCCCACCUCCCAGAUGGGUAUUACUACAUAGAUCCCAACCAAGGCAGCCCGCAAGACUCCCUGGUGGCAUUUUGCAACUUCACAGCUGGGGGAGAGACUUGUAUUUCUCCUGUGCAAAACCAAGUCCCCAUCAAAGCCUGGUUGAGGGCAUAUGCUUUGGAAGACACCUUCCAGUGGUUCAGUUCCCUGCCUGGUGGUUUCAUGCUGGAGUACCAAGAUACAACUACUGUCCAGCUCCGUUUCCUGAAGCUUCACAGCAGCCUGGCCACCCAGAAGGUGUCGUAUUCCUGCAGACCCCACGCAGAUGGGGGCAAGCUGCAGCUGGAAAAAGAAAUCAAGUUUCUUACAGACUCCCAAGAGCAGAGUUACAUGGCUGUCCUUGAAGGAUGUACACUGGACAAUGAAUCUUCUAUCAUUGACACCAUCUUCCAUUUCUCCACGGAGGACCUUACCCUUUUGCCUGUUCGUGACCUAGCUGUGUUUCACAACGGGGACGUCUCUCAUCAGUUCGGUUUCACAGUUGGGCCUGUUUGCUUCAGCUAAGAUUGACUUUGAACAAAUGAACGCAUCUUUCCUCUUGUGGAAGUAAAACUUCAGAGA